GAGUCUUCUGCAUCAGAUAUAUUUUCUGCUACCUAGUACCUCCCUCCACCUUCGAGCUGCGGGAGCUCAACCCUGAAUAACCUAGUAUUACUAUCACCUUCUGCUCGAGUCUGCAGAUCUAGCUUAUUUGGGGAAGACUACCAAAAGUUAGAGCUCAUUUAGAAAUUACUUUGUUUUUGAAGGAAUUUGCAAUCCUUAAUUGAUUCAUCGGACUUUUGACAUUCACAUUUACAAAGCCAUGACUUCAAUGGAAAUUGAGAAGGUUCCUUCAGAAUCCAAAUCUGCAAUUGGAUUUUUCCCAUCAAAGCCCCACUUUGAGCCGUUGAAGCCUCAUGAAAUGUCUGAAGGUAAAAUCCAGUUUCGCAAGGUUGCUGUUCCUGCACAUCGUUUUUCCCCACUUAAGAAAGCUUGGAUGGAUCUUUACACCCCAAUCUAUGAGCAGAUGAAGGUUGAUGUUCGUAUGAACCUCAAAGCCCGUAAGGUUGAGCUAAAAACCAGAUCAGAUACACCUGAUGUUAGCAACCUACAGAAAUGUGCUGAUUUUGUCCAUGCUUUCAUGCUUGGUUUUGAGGUGAUAGAUGCUAUUGCCCUCUUACGUAUGGAUGAACUCUACGUAGAUUCUUUCGAGAUCAAGGAUGUCAAGACACUAAGAGGUGAGCACCUUUCUCGUGCAAUCGGUAGAUUAUCAGGUAAAGGAGGUAAAACUAGAUUUGCUAUUGAAAACUCUACAAGAACCCGGAUUGUGGUGGCUGAUACACGAAUUCACAUUCUUGGAUCUUUUGCUAACAUCAAGGUAGCUAGGGAUGCUCUUUGUAGCCUUAUUAUGGGGUCUCCUGCUGGUAAGGUCUAUUCAAAACUUAGAGCUGUGAGUGCCAGAUUGGCAGAAAGGUUUUGAUCUUCACAUCAUAUGUAAUUUUCUUGGCUAGAAACUGUAAUACUAAAUUUUGCCUCAUGAGUUAUUUUGUUUAGAAUAUGUAUCUGAAUCCGUUUGAAUAUGUAAACGUUCAAGCAGCAAGAUGCUAAUCUGUUCUUUGAAGAUCUGAUAUUCCAUUACUUUUAAGUGUGCUGGUGCAAA